GUUCCAUACGUGCAAUCCAUGCUCGAGGCUUUGAGUGCCAACCCAGAAGUGAUGGAGACAUUGAUGCUUAGAAAUCCGCUUCUUAAUCAAAAUGAUGGUGGCUCUAAUGGGAUCAUGCAUCAGCAACUGCGCAACAUGAUGCCUCAAUUGGCUGCGCAGAUGAGUCAGCCUGCCUUCCGGCAGAUGCUUACUAACCCACGUGCUCUACAGAUUUUCGUAUAG